AUGGAAGUGGCCGGUCAAUGGCGUCGAGAGUGGGCUGGUACAGCGGAAUAUGGGAAGGUUAUCGAAGGUGGUGUGACGAGACGUGUAGCCCGAGCCAUGGAAGUAUUGAACGCUAGCGCUCCUGGGGCUAGCGUGCGGGUCAUGCGCGCCGCCUACCAUUCGUCAUCCGGUCCUGGAGCACCCACUGCCUCCUAUUUGAUGCACUCUUCCAGACAAGUCCUAUCAUCGGGUUAUAAUUUCCUAGAACCACCGUCACUGCCAACAAAACCACUGGAAAUAUCCUCAACGCCGCUGUAUUCAUCACCCGACAGUGAAACGGAAAAUUAUAAAGUAACAGAACCAGAUGACUUUGAAAUAUCUGAACCUUCGAAAUGGAGGAGAUCCACCGGGGCAAGUUCUAUUCGGAUGCCCAGCGAAGAAUCUUCAUCGGCAGAUACCGCGAGUAUAAUUGAUCUCGAUUCAAGUGAUGAAUGGAAUAACAGAAGAAAAAGUUACAGCUUCGAGGACACGUCACCAAUGAAAAAGAUCAAUGACGUUAUCAACUUCAGUAUAGAUUCAUCAACUGACAGUGGAAUCUGCAAGUCAACAGAAUUAUUUAAUGAUUCUAAUAAUUCUACGAUCCUUAAAAGUAAUGAACAUUUUGAACAUACAUCCGAAAUAAAACAAGACUUUAAAAACUGGCUUACGAAAAAUAGACGGAAUACGUAUAAAGAAAUCAAAAUGUCGCCACCGAAAAGUGUCCAUAUUGAUAGAGAUGACAGUAAUAUAACACUGGGAUCUACUGGAAAAGUGACAAUAACUCUGCCUGUAGACGUAACGUACUCGGAGCAGUAUGAGAAUCAAUCUAAAUCAAGCGAUGAAAAUGACCGUAAAACUAAAAAAGUCGAGUUUUGCAAGACAGAGCUACAUUUCACAGCAGACACAGGCGAUAAUGACGAGAAUACAGCAGCUACAAAAGGUAUUCUCAAAAACAAAAUUCCGAAGCCCAAACCAUAUCUUUUGGGUGAGAACAUGGCAUUUGGGACUUCAAAUAAUCAAAAGACUGACGAUUUUGAGAAAUCUGGCACAGUGCUAAGUGCAGUUUCUUUGAUAAAUAGACAGUUGCAGGCUGAGAGGCGAUACAGUAACGACACAACCUCCAGCGUUGCAAGCGAUCUGGAUUUGAGCCCUCAUAUAAAUAAACCAUACAGGACACCAACUAAAGAUCCGCAACUACGAGGCAGCUCGAAUCAAAAAUUUUCUACACGUAGUUUGGAAUCAUCAAUUCAGUAUGAUUCGAAAAUAAGUUCAAAACCAUCAUCUAUAUCACCAACGCCGAGCAGGAGUCAAAUAAGAGAACUUCGUGGCAGUGAAUUAGCCUACUUUGGCAUUUCGAAAGACCAAAAUAAUACAUUUGACCAUAACCAAGAUAAUUUACAAGAAGAAAUACUACAUUCUGUAAAAUUAGUUCAAAAAAUAACAAACAGUGUUUGCAAUAGCGAAGCAGAGUCUGACGAUGGGCACGAUUAUCAGAAUGUUUCUACAAGUUAUGAUCUUAAAAAGCAACCCAUUCCCACCCCCAAACCAAGGACUAAAUACAGUGAUGUGAAUGGAAAAAUUACAGAAAACAGAGUAUUACGGUCUAUUACAGAACAAGAAAUAGAUUUAGAAGUGUCAUCCAAAAUAAACAAAAAUAAUCUUAAUAAUCCAAAAGAAAGCAUACAUCCACCUCGAGAUAAAAACAGAAACACGGUCAAUAAAGAGAACAUUGUUAUGCAAAAGAGUACGAGGAAAACUACUUCAGAAAAUUCUUCUUUCCUAAAAAAAGAUAAUCAUUCUUUGAAGAGAGACAAAGAGACGAAUAAUAACAUUAAUAAAUAUGGACAUCUUAAGUUAGAGAGAAAAACGUCACGAAAAGAAACUAAAAAGCCGGAGUCACCGAUAUACGUUAAUGUGGAUACAAAAAAACAUCCCCCUGAAAGAGUAAGGAAACCAUCACAGGAUUUGAACGCCAAGCAAAAAAUUAAAAGUGAGAAACGAGAAUCUGCUAAUUCCAGAAAAGACGAGAAAGAACGUAUAUAUUCAAUAAAACCGACUGAGCCUGUUGACAAAAACAAAGAAAACCAUUACAAAGAGAAUAAAGAAAAAUACGAAGGUAAACGAGAUCAACAGACGCCAUUACUAAAAAAACGUGCACAAAAACGAACCGAGAAACUUUGUACUCCAGAAAACCCUCCUAAAGAUUCUGUCAGGCAAUCUUUAUCUACGGAAAAAAAAGCUUCACCAAGAAUAGAUGACCUAAACUAUAAAUCAACUAACAACGGCUCUUUAAAUAAAAAUUAUAUCCGCAGUACCACCAAUAAUUCUGCAGAAAACGGAAGCUUAUCAAGAAAUGAAAAGAAAUUGAAAAACGAUUACUCUAAAAGUGACACGAUAAAAAUUCCAAAAAUUACCACGGUCCAUAAACAAAUUCUAAGCGACAACACAUCAAGCAGCAAGAAAACGUCAAAAUCUCAUCGUGACACAUUGAAUUCUCAACAAUCAUUACAAUCGAAUCAAAACAAAUCGAGUAACGUAAAGAUCGAUAAAUCAAUAAAACCUCAUCGUAGCAAAUACGUUAUAAAUUACGAUGAUAAAAAUGGAACAGUGUCAUCUGUUUGCAAAAUUAAAACUGGUCCCGGUACGUAUAAAAGAAAAAUUAUCCCUAUAGAAAGUAAAGAUCACGAACCAACUAAAGGUUUAAACAGAAUAGCCCUGCGUAAGUAA